AUGUCCUCUCAAUCCGAUUCAAAACCAGUUGAAUCCGAAACUCCUGCGACUAAUUCUAAUAAUAUUUUAUAUGAAAUAAUAUACAGUCCGGUAAAUUUAAUACUGACUUUGGUGAUUGUUGUGUUGAUAUACAAAAUUAUUAAAAGUAAGUUUGGUAAAAUAAUCGAAGAGGCACCAGCGCCGGAAUUACCGAAAAUACGUAAGGAUAUGACAGUGGCCGAACUUCGUAAAUACGAUGGCAGUCAGGAAGAUGGUAGAGUACUGGUUGCUGUAAACGGGUGGAUAUUCGACGUGACGCGGGGACGUCGCUUCUACGGCCCUGGCGGUCCAUAUGCAGCUUUUGGUGGUAAAGAUGCAUCUCGAGGAUUAGCCACUUUCUCGGUAACAUCAUCUGACAAGGAAUAUGACGACCUUAGCGAUUUGAACUCAAUGGAAAUGGAAUCAGUGAAGGAGUGGGAGGCACAGUUUAGAGAAAAAUACGACCUCGUUGGCAAGCUUCUUAAACCAAGCGAAGAACCAACAAACUAUUCGGAUGAAGAUCUCGAAGAUACAGACACAUCAACCUCACCGGAUGAAAAGAAAGCACAGUAA